AUUGAUUUCAGUUGAUUAGGAUUUUUUCGACGCUAACUUGACGUGCUGGGUAAAUAAAUUUGCAGCACGGUCAUACCAUUUGAUAAAUUUCCAAAUUCGUUAAAAUAAGUAUGGAUAAUACAAAUGAAACUUCUGUUAAGCAAUCUAUUGCCUUACGGCGGGAACUCCGUAGAAAGAAGAUAUUAGAAGCAUCCAAGUCGCGACUCGAUAAAUUAAAUGGCAGAGCCACUGCUUUAGACAACGAAACUGUUGGUAACACAGACGAAAGCGCCAACACAACCCAAUAUUCUGAUCCGGAGGUGGAACCUGAUAUUCCCAUUCCUCGUUCAUUUCUGCCGGAACAGACUGUCCCCGUAUCCAAGCCCAGUGCUUCCGUAGCGAAUGCACUGCUGAAAACCCGAGUUCACAUUAUUUUGGCAGCAUGCGUUGGAUUCUUAUUGGCGCUGUAUGCUAAAAGCAGUGUUUUUGUUCCUGUCCUGCUAUUUAUAUUAGCAGAGCUUGUAUUUUUGCAAUAUCGCAGCGGAGAUAAUUUACCUCCCAGCGUGGCUCCGAUGUUACUUUUAUUUGUGCAUCCAAAUAUCAGCAACAAAAUUAAGCAGUUUAGCAAAUUAUUUUCAAUCCUUCAAUCAUUAUUAGGCGAUUUGGCUAUAACCGUUUGCAUUGUAUGUUCUGGUAGCUUAUUAUUAAAUCUAAGCACAGACAUUGUUACUGAAGUUGAAUAA